UCCGGGAACCCGUCAGGAAGGGACAUAAACAAAACAAACCCGCAGCCGCAUGGAGGGUCCGGGCCCGAGCGCGCGGGGCGGCGCCCCCUGCUGAGCCCCGGCCGCCCGAAGUCUACAAAUAAAAGAGCUCCAUCAGGGUGAACUGAAGUUACCCUAAGGAAAAAUUUCAUUGCAUGGAUUGUGUAAACUCACUGACACUGAAGUAAAGCUGGAAAGGAAUCUACAAGUGAAUAAACCAAGAAGUUUGGAAUUGGAUUUGGGGAAUCUGGGCUUGGAAAUGCCUCAGCCCAGUGUGAGUGGAAUGGACCCUCCUUUUGGGGACGCCUUUCGGAGCCAUGUGUUUUCAGAGCAGACUCUGAUGAGCACAGAUCUCUUGGCAAGCAGUUCAGAUCCAGACUUCAUGUAUGAACUGGACAGAGAAAUGGACUAUCAGCAAAGUUCCAGAGACAACUUACUUUCAAUGGAGGACUGCAAAGACCUUGAGAACUUGGAGUCUUUUACAGACAUCCUGGACAAAGAAGCUGCUCUCACUUCAAAAUGGGAGCAAUGGGACACCUACUGUGAAGACUUAACGAAGUACACUAAAUUAACCAGCUGUGACAUCUGGGGAACAAAAGAGGUGGAUUACCUGGGCCUUGAUGACUUUUCAAGCCCAUACCAAGAUGAAGAAGUGAUAAGCAAAACACCAACACUGGCUCAGCUUAACAGUGAGGACUCCCAACCCGUUUCUGAUUCACUCUAUUACCCUGAUUUGCUCUUUAGUGUAAAACAAAACCCUUUAAACCCUUUGUUACCUGGCAAAAAGAUUGCAACCAGAGCAGCAGCCCCAGUCUGUUCCUCCAAGAACGUUCAGGCUGAGGCACCUUUGUCGGACUGUGUUCAGAAGGCAAGCAAACCUGCAACUCAGCCUGCUUCCAGUACACAAAUCAUGGUGAAGACCAAUGUGUACAAUAAUGAAAAGGUGAACAUUCAUGUUGAAUGUAAGGACUAUGUUAAAAAGGCAAAAGUAAAGAUCAAUCCUUUACCACAGAGCAGACCAGUGCUGAGCCAGACACAUGCUGAUGCAGCAAAGGAAAACACCUGCUAUUGUGGUGCUGUAGCAAAGAGACAAGAAAGAAAAGGAAUAGAGUCCCCGCACAGUCACAGUACAACUCCUAUUUUGCCUUUCAAAGAGACUCAAGAACUGCUCCUCAGUCCACCCCAGGAAACUCCAGGGCUCAUUGUGGGGGAGAGCAGUCUUUCCGCCAGCACAUCAGUGUCAGAUUCUUCACAGAAGAAAGAAGAGCACAACUAUUCUCUUUUUGUAACAGACAGUUUGGGUGAACAGUCAGCCAAAGGAGACCCUGAGGAAGAUGAGGAUGACGAGGAUGAUAUUGAAGAUGAGGACCAUGAUGAAGGAUUCGGCAGUGAGCAUGAGCUCUCUGAAAACGAUGAUGAGGAAGAAGAUUAUGAGGAUGAUAAAGACGAUGACAUCAGCGAUACUUUCUCAGAACCAGCAGUAACACUUAGUGGGUCUUCAAAGGAUACUGAAAUCCUCUCUUCUGCAUGUAGAAAUGGAGCCUUAACAACAGAAAUAAGAACUAACCUUCACCUAGAAGGGUAUGAAAAUGAUUCUGUGGAGGAUUUAAAAGAAAUGACUGCCAUAUCCUCCCGGAAAAGAGGCAAGCGAAGAUACUUCUGGGAGUACAGUGAGCAACUAACACCAUCGCAGCAAGAAAGAAUGCUGAGGCCAUCCGAGUGGAAUCGAGAUACAUUACCAAGUAACAUGUAUCAGAAGAACGGUCUCCAUCAUGGAAAAUAUGCAGCAAAGAAGUCACGGAGGACUGAUGUAGAAGACCUGACUCCCAACCCCAGAAAACUUCUCCAGAUUGGUAAUGAACUGAGGAAGCUGAAUAAGGUGAUCAGUGACCUAACGCCAGUCAGUGAACUUCCCUUAACUGCCAGACCGAGGUCAAGAAAAGAAAAGAACAAGCUGGCUUCCAGGGCUUGUAGACUAAAAAAGAAAGCCCAGUAUGAAGCCAAUAAAGUAAAACUCUGGGGUCUCAACACGGAAUAUGAUAAUUUACUGUUUGUGAUCAACUCCAUUAAACAAGAAAUAGUUAAUCGGGUGCAGGUACCUAAAGAUGACAGAGGAGUCAACAUGGAACAAAAAUUGAACAUACUUAUUAAAGACACUCUUGGACUACCUGUAGCUGGACAGACAUCAGAAUUUGUGAAUCAAGUUUUAGAGAAGACUGCAGAAGGAGACCCCACCGGUGGCCUUGUAGGGCUACGAAUACCAAUGUCAAAAGUUUAAAGACACGACUUCAGCUGUUCACAUCGGUCAGGUUCUACCUGUGUUGUCAAGUACUUCAUUGUAAAUUGCAUUCUGGUCUGCAUGUCAGUUUAGCAUUACGUAAACACUUACAAUUAGGUUCCAUUGGUUUGAAGUAACAAAGUAGUAAACCAAAUCAAAGCAUGAUAUAAAAUGCUUAAUAGCAUUUUUGGACCAUAAACCAGGUAGUUUCAAAGCUGCUUUAAGCUUAAAUACAGAGAUGAGGAUUCUUUUGAAAAUUAAGUUCUUUAGGACCAGAAUAUAUCACUUUUGAUUUAGAAGCAAAAACAUGGGGUUGCUAGUAAAAAACCUUAGCAUAUGCCAGACAUUGUGACAGGUUUAUGCUCCAAGUAAAAUGACAGGAAGAGUUUUUUGGUAAAGCUGUCAAUUUAGGGAGGUUUUUGUUCCUUUUUUUGUUUUGUUUUUUUUUUUUUAAUAAUUGGAUUUUCUUUUGUCCUUCUUACAAACCAGUAAGCUUUCUUUGCAACCAUUAACUUGUACAUAGCACACAUGGCAGUAGAGCUAGUGUGCCAUAUAAGACUUUAAUUUUCUGAGCUUAAUAUAGUAUUUAAAUGUCUGUGCAAGCAAGAGAAAAAAAGUAUAUUCUUUGUGCCUUGUAUUUUGGGGGGAGAGCUAUCAGUAUAAGCUGGUAAAGUUUUGUAUGAAGAAAACCCUGAGGGGAAAAACCAAGAUGUAUAGAUGGUAAGAUUAUAGGUUUUAAUGUAUUUGUUCCAGCUCUUACAAUUUUUUGAAUGUAUAUAGGAAUAUGUUGAAAAUGUAGAUAUAUGCCACAGAGUCUAUGUAUUGUAUAAAAGAUGGCUCUAGAAAACUCAAUUUCGGUACUUUGGCCGGAAGAAAACAAAUACUUGCACAUUAAUGCGAUUGUUUAUUUUUGUACCAAAGACAAAUGCAACUGAUAUGGCGAACUGCCAGUCUAAGUAAAGUUUUGCACAGCUUAUAUGAUACUGUACUGAAUGUAAAAACAAAUGAAAAAAAAAAAAGAAAAAAACCUAAAGGUCAGGGUUAGGGAUCUUACUGAACUGUGAAUUUUUUUGUUUGGGUCCAAUUAUCUACAGAAGGAGCAUUCAUACAUAACGAUCUUAUUUUGCUGUUCUUGUAGUUCGCUUCCAUGGUAGAUAAGUUGGUGGCCAUCUCGGAGUCUUUAAGUCUUUUUUUCUCUGCACUUACUGUAGGAGAUUUUAAUAUAUUUGGAUUUUAGUAAGCUAUUGGUAAAAUAGUUUUCAACUUUGAGAAUUUAAGGAAAAAGAAAAAAAAAGAUUAUUUAGCUUGUUGUAGUAUACUUCCACCAAACAACCAAAAUAAAAUUAUUUUUAUUGUAACGUGUAUAUAUGUAAAGAGAAAAAAGAGCUACAAAUAUCUAAUUCCUUAGUUGCCACUUUUCCAGUUGAUGUAUUAUUAUGCAUGUGAUGUUUCCAAGGAUCAACACAGGCUUCAAACAAAACGAAACAAGACAAAAAAAAUUUAUAGACUUUUAUAUUUUUGUACAGGUAUUUCGAAACUAGCUUCUUCAAACUUAUAUGUGACUUAUUCUUGUUAAUUCAGUAGUUUCUAUGAUUGAGGAAUAUUAACACACAGUUCUUAUUUGCUCUUCUGCUAAUAAGACUUGGCUUUGUAGUCAGUGUUAACGUACAGAUUAAAAGCUUUAGCCUUUGAUGAGAAAGUCCUUUAUCUCAAGGCAAGAUCAUUCUCUGGUUUCAUGGACCCCCCUCCUUUUCCUCCCUGUUCUUUCUCUCCCUAUUUAAAGAUGACAAAACACUGUUUACUGAAAAUAGAAAUACCAAAUAUUUUCAAAUGUAGCUGCUGAAAAAAAAGAAAUGCAAAAGUCCAUGAAGGCUUUUUCCCCGCUCCCUUUGGGGAAUUUCUCCACUUCAUUUCUAGUUUGUCUGAGUUUGUUUGUACUGUGAUUCCUUUUUGUUUAUAAGUAGAUUAUUUUUAUAUCCAAGCUUGUACUAUAAAAAAAGAAAAGUCUGGAUCGGUAAUAGUGCAGUAAGAGUGGCCGAUGAAGGUGGCACUCCUGCCACAUACUUGUGAGCGUGCACACAGCUUACUUUGUGUCUAAAUAUUUUGGAAGACUCAAAAGGGAGGAGGAGGCCAAAAUACCACUACUGAGCUGUACAGAAAGUCUUUCCUACAAGAGACUAAACAAAUACCCAGGGCAACUUAGGCAAAACUUUGUAAAUCCACUUAAGACUUGCAAAAUCUGAGUGGAAUGUGGGUGGUUUUGUUUCAGGUGUUUUUGUUGUUGUUGUUGUUGUUAAGGUGAGGUGAGAGUUGGCUGCUGCUUUACACAGUGGGUCAGAUGUAUUCCUGUUGUAAUUAUUGCUGAUGUUGCAGUUAUUCCGGAGAUACAUGCGGCCCAUAAAACCCCGACAAAGAAUGUCUCUUGUGAAGUUAAGGCCAUGUCUGUACCAAGAUUUUGAAUACUGUUGUUCCUUUCCGAUGAAUGGUGUUGCCGCGCUGCUCAGAUCCGAGAGCUCCUUACGCUACAUCCAAACUGUGUAGGCAAGGUAGCAUUUCUAAACGUUAAGAGAGCAGGUUUGCAAUCAGGUAAAAACUUCUGUGACAAAUUAAACUGACAAGGUAUUAAAAAAGCCCCUUUUUGACUGCUCAGAAGUACUGGGCAAAUACAACUUUAUAGCUUUUUAUUUUUGUCUGAAAACCAGAAUAUGAUUUUGGUCUAGCAUUUCAAAGUAGCCUUCGAAUCUUUAGUGAAUUCCAUACCCUCGCAUUUCGUGUUUUCUAUGUAUUAUUUUAAGUUAAAAGCUUUUAAAUAGUUGAGCUUUUUAAUGUUGACACUUUAUUUUGUAACUAUUUAUAUGUAUGUAUAUCUUAGAAAAGCACUUUGUUUAAAAAACAAGAAAACACACAAAAAAAAAAAGGAGAAAAAAGAAAAAAAAGAAACCGCGUUUUAUAUGAUUCCUGCCACUUGCUGCUAACUCUGGGCUGGUCAGAAUGCUGCAGCGAUACUUGAUAUAAAUAAAACCUGGCAGUAAAAUGUAGAGUAAAGAUAAGACCUUUUGCUGGUUUAACUUUAUCAUAAAGGUGACAUAGGCAAGCUGUGCAGCUUUACAUUUUAACCAGGGGACUCUGUGGCAUUUAAACCGUCUAGAAAUGGUUGUACUUUAAUGCCAGUAACAAUCUGCUUCCUCUAGUGUCAUUAAAAUAUAUACAUUUAGUGUAUACUUAUCACAAACAAAAAUCUUAUAAGGGUAUAAAAACCAACAAAUGUACAUGUUCUGUUUUUUGGCAAUUGUGGCAUGCAUUUUUGGAUGAUCUUUAGAGAAGACCAUUUUCUAAAGAUUUUCAGUGUUCAUACAUGGUAUGUGGAUCUUAAUGAAGUCCCGGAUUUUUUUUUGUUUGUUUUUGAGUGUAGGCAUUGUGAGUAUUCACUUUUAAUCCUAUAUCCAAAAGCAAUUAUAUAUUUUUGAUUUAAUACAAACGAAAGCUCUUCCUUUUUCUGAUACACUGGAUUCUCUAGAAUUUGUUUCCAUAUUAAAAGCAUGCUGUCAUAACUGCUCUUGUUGAGAUCUCGUCAGUCUGAACUUAGGUGCCACACUUUGAAUUGAUGGACUGCUUGUUCUACUGUACCAUGUAUGAUUCUCGUCCUUUCCUACUUCCUUCAUGACAGAUGAUGAUGUGGCUUUAUAUUGUGCCUUACUUGUACAUCUAGAACUAAAUGUUUUUCAUUCCCUCUGAACUCCUCAAACCUAACCCUUCUGAAAUUGAAUCAGAACUCAUAAAAGCAUCCUGAAGAAAGUCUGGAUAGAUCUGAUUUCAGUUUCUCUCAGUAGUAGUCCUUUUGUAUCUCUAUGGAAGACCAGUUUUUGAAUGGCCUUGCAAAAUGUGGGGGUGCUCGUGAAGGGUGUUUUU